AUGUGUAAGCUCGUCGAGGUCAAGCGCCCCGCGGCGACCUCCCAUUCAAAGCCUUCCCCGCCGGCCGGAGAGCUCAAGGUUCUGGUGAGGACGUGCAGCGGGUGGAUGGACCUCAACGGCUAUUUGCGCGAUUUUCUCAACGCUUCCUGA